AUGGUCAGCGCCAUGAAGGACAAGGGGAGGGUUGAAGCUUAUAUCGACUUUACGAUCCAAGAAGACAUAUCAGCAGCGGAAUACUAUAUCGCCCUCAACGAAAUGAUCUCAAACAGGUGGAAGAUCGUUCCCAUUACUUCGUCACAACAGGGAUUUGUAACCUUUUCAGAGAGGGACCUGGCUCUUUUCUUUUGGAAGCGAGACUUGUUGAAGCAGAGGUUGGUGGACUUGGCUUCAUUGGACCAGGACGACCCCACAACUAUCACAUCCACAAAUGACCUUGAAACUUGGAUCGGUGGAAAGGAGCCCGGAUUUAUAAUCAAGCACUUUGUCUGCGACAUCGAUCCCACCGGCCUGUCGAACCGACAGAAGCGCAAAACUGGACACCGCGCAGCGAUCAAUCUUCGGUCCUUGAGUGGGAUUCGGGAUCACCUUCAGUUUGUCGAGCAGACCAAACCCAAGGACUACCACCAGAAAGGCUACAUACCCCAUGGAUCAAUAAGGACGGACGGAUUCCGAGUGCAGAUCUUGGCCUUCAAACUUCGAGAACGUCGGGACGCGCGGUUCAGGCGAUUACCCGAGGACGAUCUCCCUCCAAGGUUGACUACAACUGUUGCUGGGUCCGACUAUUAUCUCCCCGAGAUCCGCAACGUCAUAACUUGCAAGGACAACAUCGACAAGCUGUGGCCAGGGAAGAACAUAGACGACAUGAAGAUCGUUACCUUGGAUGGCGGACAAGCCUGUGUGGUCGGGGGGUUUGCCCAUUUGCCCAAGGAUCUGAAGGAGGAAGGCAAGGGCAAGGAGAAAGCGACCGGGGGUUCGUGUAUGGAGGGUAUCGUCAUAUCUUGUCAGGAGGCAACAGCUGGUUCUUGUUUUAGAGGUCUUGCAAACGUGACAGGAUUCGACGUAGUGCUUCACGGAACGGAACAUAACGGGCCAGUAGCAGAGUUCCGAUAG